GGCUGUAAUGUAACAAAAUGUGGAAAAAGUCAAGGGAUCUGAAUACUUUCCGAAUGCUUAGUAUGUACUGUAUAGUAUUGUGAGUAGGCAUUAUUUUCAUAAAAAGAUUGAAUACAGAUAAUGUCAUCAUAGGCUAUUAUAAUUCACAGAGGCAGUGUUGAGUCACUUUUUGAGUGACUAAUCAGUUGACUAAUGACUUUACAUAGACCUACCUAAUUUUCCACAUUUCUCUAGCAUAUGAAAAACUGUUCCUACUUGCCAAGGCUUAUUUCUGUGAGGUGAUUAAUAUCUAUGAUGGAUGGCUAAAGUCAAGCUAUGCACCUUUCAUCCAGAGUUAUGCAUAAUUUAGGUUAUCUGACAGAUAGGGCCGUAUAUUUGACUCAAAUACUUUAAAUGGGUUUUAAUAUUAUCACAGGAGCUUCUUAUCUAUAAUUAAAUUAAAUUAAAACAGCUGUACUAGCUCUAGAUAUGACACACAAGUGGAAUAUUGUGUUAUCUGAGACUGAGUAGUAGGCUACAAGAACAACAAAUGUUGCCUAAUCAAAUCAUGUUGAAGAUUUUUAGUUAUCACACUUUGUUGGCAGUGCACUAUUGUAAGAAAAGCUUGUGAUGAAGUUAUAAUUAUGAUGAUGGUGAUUUUGGUCUUGAAAUAUAGCAAACAUAUGAAUGUAAUUCAUUUAGACUCUACUACUUUAAUCGAAUCAAAUGUUCACAAAUUAAAUGGAUGUAAUCUACUACUAACGCCUACAGGACUUCCGUAUGUCAUCUCCCCUCAAUGAUGUUCCCUAUACACAUGUAAUAUAAAUAUAAGAAAUACACAAAAACAGGUCUUAUAAAACAGCAUUAGAACUAUUGUACAAAUACCCUCCCUUUGACACCGGAUGUGUUGUGGAUAGUUUCCCCAAAAAAUUCAACGGUACAAACAGCAAUGCCUUUGGCUCGGUGGGCUAGUGCAUAGACGCUGCACCCAUAUACCUCAGUGGGACCAGAGACCAGCGAUGGGAAAGAAAACUCGCACAGGAACAGGAGGACGCAGAACAAUACUGCAGCUUUUCCCACCUCGAAGCGGGGCCGUCUGUGGAAGAGAAGACUCUUUAGGUUCAGCAUCCGAAGACGAGCAGGAGGGUAACGGGGAUGAAUACAGUUUUCCAAGAGAAGUAACUACAGAAAUGAGGAUGCCCGUUAAGGCCACAGAGGGUCUGUCCCUCUUGGGGGCCUAUGAGGACAGUGAUGAUGAAGAGGAUGCCGACCCACAGCCUCCCUCUGUCAGGACCCAACACCAGUCUGCAGAUAUACUCGCCAACUUCAUGGCCGAAAUUGAUGCAAUCACUACACAGCCGGGCUCAGAGGAGCCCACAGGGGAUCCGUCGGCCCCCACCCCACCACGUCCAGAACCCAAAGCCCAGCAACAUGCCUCUGAGAUGGGGACAGAGCCUGAGAGUACUGGGGCGGACUUCCAGUACGAUACCCAUACUUCACUCGCUGGAGUGGGAGGAUUGGAGAUGGGAGACUGGCAGGAGGUGUGGGAUGACAACACAGGUUGUUACUACUACUGGAACACUCAGACCAACGAAGUGGCCUGGCAGCUGCCUUAUUACCUGGCCCACCAAGUACAGGGCUUGCAGCAGUACACAGACAGCUCAACAGUCAAUGGCAAUGGAGCUACACAGAGUGCAGGUUGCUAUGCUGAACAACACUCCACUGCUGUUAGUUCCCUAACAUCCAAGACAAAAAAGGAAGUGAUGGAGAGUGUGGUGGCCCUUACCAGUGAGGAAGAGGAGCGUCAUGGUGUGGCCGCCUCCCUCCUCGGUCCCCUCAUCCCUGCCGAGGUGAAAGAAGCGGAGGAGAAGUGGAGGAAAAGGCUGGUGGGGGGGCUGGAGGAGAGGGAGAACAGCUUGGAGGAUAGCCUCCCAGGGUCCCCUGCUCCUCCACUGAAUGAGCCAGACACCCCCACACACCCGCUGAGAGACCAAUGCAGCAGGAACCAGUCUGAGGAGGACUCUGAUGCAGAGGAGACAGAAGAGGACACCAUGGAGCUAGAGCUGGCUCUGGACAGGAAAAAGGCUGAGCUGCGGGCGUUGGAAGAGGGCGAUUGCAGUGUGGGGGGCUCCAGCCCCUGUUCUGAGGCCAGUCAGGAGGCCGCCGCCGGGCCUCGUAGCCUGCUUCCGAAAAAGGCCAUGUGGAAGACGGCUUUCCUCAGAGCAGCCAGCCCCGAUUCAAACAGCAGGGACUCAGAUACACGGGAAGACCCAGACACAGCACAUUCCAAAGUCCCAGAGAAGGCCGGGGAAGAGGAGGACCAGGAAACUGGGGACAAAAUGGUUCCUAAUGUGCCACCAAAGGAGGAAGUUGAAACUCCUGAGCUCAAGUUUCAGAUCGGCGAACUUGCCAACACCUUAACCAGCAAGAUGGAGUUUUUGGGGAUCAACAAGAAAACUAUCUCCAACUUUCAGCUUCUUCUGUUACAGACUGAGACGCGGAUCGCUGACUGGCGGGAGGGGGCUCUGAACGGGAUCUAUCUCCGCCGCAGGCUGCAGGAAGCCGCCGAGCACAUAAAACAUUACGAACUUAACGCCGCCCCUAAAGGCUGGUCGUGCCACUGGGACAGAGAGCAGAGGAGGUAUUUCUAUACCAAUGACCGCACCAGUGCCUCCCAGUGGGACUUCCCAGCAGAGGAAGAUGUGGAAGAAGUAGAAAAUACCAAGACAUCCAUACUUGGGGACCCCAAACCUCCGCCCGUACCCACUGGUGGGCUCGCACCUGGCCUUCCCUCCUAUUGGUCUGUGCCUCAGCCCCCACUUCCCCCUGACCAGCCCCCUCCCCCUGCUGACUCCCCCCCGCCUCCCCCUCCACCCCCAGAGUCACCUCCCCCCUCCCCCCCUCCUCCCCUGGAGGAUGAUGGAGAGAUAGAGGAGGUAGAGAUGGAGGAUGAUGACAGUGAGCCUCCAGCACCUGGAACAGAGCCUCCACUCCCCCCGGGUUCUACAGCCUCGCUGGGUAAGAGUCAGAAACGCAAGGCUUCAGGAUCAGGUCAGCUGACCAAGGCUGUAACCAUUGGCAGCAGCGCCAUCCUCUACACACAGACCAUCGCCACAUCCUGUCCUGUGAUGUCAGGAGCUGCCUACUGGGGUGAGUCUGCGGUAGCUACACCGCCACUGCCUUCUGAAACCGUGGCCCCACCUCUCCCACCUCCCCCUACCCGCCCCCCGCUACCCCCCGCUCAGGCCCCCUCUGCCCUGGACCCCACAGGGUUUAAAACAUUGCUAACGGACAAGACCAAGAAACUAAAGAAGGAUAAGUCGAAGAAGAGCAAGACGAAGAUGCCGUCCCUGGUGAAGAAGUGGCAGAGCAUCCAGAAAGAGCUGGACGAGGAGGAGCAGGCUAGUUCUAGCGACGAGGACAGGGACCAGCUCAACAAGAGGAGCAUUGAGGAGUGGAAACAGCAGCAGUUACUCACGGGCAAAGCUGGAAAGAAUGCCAACUUUGAGGCUUUACCUGAUGACUGGCGAGAGAGGAUGUUGAAGAAGAGGAAGAUGAUGAAGAGCACGUAACACACACUCCCCUCCCCGCCUACAUACACACACUCCUCCUUAACCUGACUCCAAAUGUUGGAUAAGAAUGAGAGGACUGACUGUGCACUUGACUCACUGUCAUUUUGAAACAGGUUUUGAAUAGCCCCUCAUAUCUUCGUCUGUGAAUAUAUUGGAUGGGCUUGAAUGUUUUUUUAAUUUUCUUGGCUGUAAAACCCACUAGUGUUUUUAAUAUGGUAAACUGGACUCUCCUGCCAAACAUCCCCCUCUACCUGUUUAAAGCAUAAAUGCCGUUUUCUGUGAAACGUACGGCACUAAGAAUGCUGGAGUUUCUAAAUCUUUGUUUGUAAUGGAGAUCAACUCUUUGUUUUGACCUCCCCAUGUUCCUCUUGCCCAUUUUAAUAAACUAUGAUUUAAUAACA